AUGGGGCUAGAAGAAUCUCAAAGUAAACUUGAAGGAGGUGAGCCUUCCCAGCUGAUACCUUGGGCUGUUGCUAUUGUUUGCAUUUCACUUCUUGGGGCCUGUUUUAUUGCUAGUUGUCUGGUAACUUAUCACAACUUUCUACAUUGUAAGGGAGGCACCAGAAUGCACAAGUUACUCGAAUACCAUACAAAGCUAACAUGCAUCAGAGAGACUUCAGAAUUGAAAGGGAGCAUCUGGAAUUGCUGUCCUGUUGGCUGGAGAGCCUUCCAGUCUCACUGUUAUCUUCCUCUCAAUGAUAACAAUAUGUGGGCUGAGAGCGAAAGAAACUGUUCAGGGAUGGGGGCUCAUCUGGUGACCAUCAGCACAGAAGCCGAGGAGAACUUUGUUAUUCAGUUUUUGGAUAGACGGUUUUCGUAUUUCCUGGGACUUACAGAUGAGAACACUGAAGGUCAGUGGCGCUGGGUGGACCAGACACCAUUUAACCAGCACAUGGUGUUCUGGCAUAAGAAUGAACCCAACAACUAUGAGGAAGAAAACUGUGCUGUUCUUGUUUAUGCAGAUGAUAAAUGGUCCUGGAAUGAUAUUUCUUGUAACUAUGAAAGAGGUAGAAUUUGUAAGACAUCUGGAAUAGCAUUCAACUAG